AUGUCUAGCACCGAACUUCAUAUCGGCUAUCCAGGGCUUUACGAAGCUCUAGGUAGUGCUGAAAUCAGAUUGUUGCAUUUUUUCCCCAGUCCAGAACCGUCCUCGAACAUUUAUUGUCAACUAGAAAGAUACAGUCUUUUGGAUUUGAUAAACCCUACCACAUUUCAGGCAUUCGAAGCAUUAUCAUAUACGUGGGGCGACCCAUCGGCCGUAGAAGAUAUCUUUGUUAACAAUCAAGGCUUCACAGUUACCUCCAAUCUUGGAGCGUUCUUGCGACAACGACGUGAGCCAAAUAGCACGGUUACUCUAUGGAUUGACGCCGUCUGCAUCAACCAGACUGAUUUUCAAGAGAAAAACCAGCAAAUCCCAAUGAUGAGUAUGAUAUAUGCUGGUGCGGCAAGAUUAACAAUCUGGCUUGGAUCAGCUUCCGAGGAUAGCCACUUGGCAAUUGACCAGCUCCGCCUCCUUGGAUCUGGUUCUCCGUAUGAUAAGAUGCUACGAUUAGGAGAAACUCAAGUGCAGCAAAUACAGCGCCUUUUGAAACGCCCUUGGUGGACGAGGAUAUGGAUAGUACAAGAAUUAGUUCUCGGAGGCGCAUUUUGCGAAUUUGAUAAAAUAAUGGUUUUUUGCGGUCCUGAGGUCUUGUCAUGGCCGAAUCUUGUCAUUGCCGCGGCUCGAUUGAAAGCGCAUGAGGAUGACCAGCGAGAAGUCUUGCCUGUCAUUUCGACUAUCCUCGAACUGGAUAGCCUGAGGGAAAGCGCUCGUCACUAUCUCCAUCGUCCAGAUGCUCUAGUCGCUUCGUUCGACUUACUUUGUCGGUUUCGAAACUUCUUGGCGACUAACCCCAGGGAUAAGAUCUACGCGAUAUACAAUAUGUUCUCAACUAGUCCGGCCGAGAGCCUUCGGCCGCGUUACGAGGCAGAGGUCUAUGAUGUCUAUCUCGACUUUGCCAUAGCUACUAUCUCCUCUGAGAUUGGACUGGAGAUUCUACGACAUUGUGGGGAGAGUGGCCCGGCUAUGCCGUCAUGGGUACCGGAUUGGUCGAUACCACUCACAUGUGAACCACUACCGAUCAGAAGAAUUCCCCGAUAUUUCGAUGUGCCGUGGUGGGCUGAACCAAAAAGGUCAAUAUCUGAUGGAGAAAAUAAUCAAUGGGAAGAACCGUGCCUUUCCCAAGUUACGUUUACCUCGCCAGUCUAUUCUUUGGAUCCGUCAAUUGCCAACAAAGAGCGUAGGAACCGACUGAAUCGAUUAGCAAUAGGAGCCAGAGGAUCUGGACAAGUCACUUCUCUCGAGGAAAUUCCAUCUGGUUUCACAUUUCACCGAUUUAGUGACGAAGUUAAAUCAAGUCUCGGAGACCUAUUGCAGAAUAACCAGAUACUUCUAUUCGUCGAAGAUGAGCGUUGCGCGAAAUCGAAAUUGCUUGCUGGAAAUGUCGCUAAGCCAGCGCACCCUGUGAGGCAGGGGGAGAUCAUAACAGAACGUCGAACAAAAAAAUGGCUUCUCAGGGAGCUCAAUCAUCUGAGCUGCAAUACAACAAUUACUCCACCACAACCCAAUCAAAGAAAACUUUCAUUUAAUAGAGAUGAGAAGACGUUGAGCCUUGAUGGUGUUUUGUGGGACACCAUUGAAAUUACUCAUGAUGAAUUCGUUGGUGAUGUUGCAGAAGACUGGUUGAACGCAACAAGAUUUAUGGUGGCAGUUGGUUCGUCAGACACCAAAGAGGACGGAAGACGACUUCGGUACGCAGAAUGGUUACCGGAAAUACCAUUCGGAUGGACGCCUGCUCCGCCACGUACAACUAUCAGUAAUACCGGUCACCUUCUUGUGGUUGAAGGAAUGCAAAUCCUUCGUAAACAGCCUUAUGAUCUCUAUCAUAAACCGUUUCAUUUGCCACAUGUCGUUCCUGAUCCCUACUGGGAGGCUCGGAACCAGGCAGACGAUCUGGCAAUGCGUUUGAUGCGCGAGAGCCCUCUCCCGUACAUUGUGGGUCCGGGCUCGUCAUCCGAAGAAGGUCAAAAAUUCAAGUUCGCUGUCGUAGAAGCAGAAAGAUGUUGGAGAAGUAAACUAAGCAUUGUGCCUCAAGGAACACUGGAUCCAUGCAUCGAGCAGUUCGCUCUUGGACGGAAAUUUUUCAUCACCCCGAAAGGAUAUUUUGGCCUUGGCCCAAAAAACACAAAGCCCGGAGACCGAAUAAUAGCUUUACCAGGGUCACAAGUUCCUUUUGUGAUGAGAGAAGAGUCAACUAAGAACUUCCAACAUGCUUGGAGAUUGAUCGGAGAAAGCUUUGUGCAUGGAGUAAUGAACGGAGAGAUAAUUGCGCAGUGGAAAUCUGGAGUAUUGAAAUCAGAAACCAUCGUCUUGGUGUAG